AUGAAAACGCUGGCUGUGGUGACGUCGCUAAUAGGUCUCAUUUUCUUAGGUCCAGCUCAAGGCGGCAUUAACGAUGAUUAUGUAGGCAGCGGGGAAGCGCCGUAUAUCAUAGAACAGCCCGUAGACGUCACCGUAGCGAGGCAUCAGCCUGCCACAUUAAACUGCAGAGCUGGUGGUUCACCUUCACCGACAAUAAGAUGGUACAAAAGUGGAACGCUAGUUGUUUCCGAUACUCAUCGAAGUCUAUUACCAGCUGGAGACUUAUUCUUUCUAAGAGCCACGCAUGGCAGAGCGCAUUCAGAUGCUGGAGUAUAUUGGUGUGAAGCAACAAAUCCUUACGGAACCGCUAGAAGCAGAAAUGCUACGUUGCACGUUGCUGUACUUCGCGAAGAGUUUCGUCUAGAGCCGGUUACAACGCAAACGGCUCAGGGUGAAACUGUGAUAUUAGAAUGUUCGCCACCUAGAGGGUCUCCAGAACCUUCAGUGUAUUGGAAAAAAAAUGGACAAAUACUGCACUUUGACGGUGACACAAGAAUGCACUUAGUCGACGGUGGAAGUCUUGUUAUACAAGAUGCUAGACAAACUGAUAAUGGUAGGUAUCAGUGUAUUGCGCGUAAUGCAGCUGGUACUAGGGAAUCUACCAUAGCUACAUUAAAAAUUCACAUUAAGCCGUAUUUGAUCGCUGGGCCUGAUGAUGUAGUCGCUGAGACUGGGGGUAGCGUGACAUUCCAAUGCCGAGUGGGUGGAGACCCCCUCCCUGAUGUUCUAUGGCGACGGACAGCAGGCGGUGGAAACAUGCCCCUCGGUCGCGUGAAAGUUUUAGACGAUAGAAGUCUCCGACUAGACAAUAUCGUUUUAGGAGAUGAGGGAGAGUAUACGUGUGAAGCCGAUAAUUCAGUCGGCGCAGUGAGUGCAAGUGGUUACUUGACCGUCUACGAUCCACCAACAAUAAAUUUAAAGCCAAAUAGUGUGAUCAUUGGAAGCGGCUCAGCCGCAACGUUUACUUGCACAUCUUUUGGCACACCUGAGCCUACUAUAUUCUGGAGUAUGGAAGGCAACCGGACAAUUAUACUUCCAGGCAUGUCAAAAAGCAAUUAUCAUGCUUCGUCGGUUGUUAAUGGAGUUACAAUACUGACAAUUAAUGAUACGAAUAAGAACGAUAGUGGAAGCACGAUAGUUUGUUCCGCGGUCAACUUGGCUGGCAGUUCAUUCAUAAGAGGGAAACUAACCGUGACUUCGGACGAUGAUCGCCCUCCCCCAAUCAUAACAAAUGGUCCUUCUAACCAAACAUUACCUAUAAAAUCGAUGGCAGUUUUUCCGUGUUCAGCUAUUGGCACACCUGAACCAAUAAUUGCUUGGUAUUUUGAAGGAAAAGCGUUGAUACAAAAUUAUAGAAGGAAUGUAUCAAGUGAUGGCACACUCAUUUUAAAAGAUUUGAAUAAAGAUGAUACGGGUACAUACACGUGUGUUGCUUCUUCGCCGCAAGGAAAAUAUGUUUGGAGCGGUGUUUUGACUGUAGAUAACCCUAUAAAUCCCAAUAUACAUUUCUUUAGAGCUGCAGAUACUUCUGCAUUACCUGGGCCACCUACAAAACCACAAAUAUUUAAUAUAACAGAAACAAGUGUAACCCUUAUUUGGAAUCAAAACAAUAAAAUAGGGUCGUCUUCAAUAUUAGGAUAUCAAGUAGAAGUAUUCUCUAGGGAAACUCUUUCAGGAAACAAUACACCUAGAAAUUCUCGUGGGUGGGUAACUGUUGCUAAAAGAAUACAUCAUACACAAUAUAGUGUGAAGUCCUUAAUACCUGGUAUUACGUACAUGUUUAUUAUUAGAGCAGAAAAUUCACAUGGAUUGUCUGGACCCAGUCCUGUUUCCGAUUCGGUAAGAGUUGGAGAGGAUAAUCUAUGGCCUAAUGGAAUAUUUUCUAAUAACACUGAAUUUAGAAGUAAUAUAAUGACUGAUAAUAUAGUAGACCUCAUAGAAGCAACUCCAAUUGAUUCUAAAACUAUAAAACUCAUGUGGGAAAUAUUGAACUUCUUUUAUUUAGAAGGUCUUGUUAUAUACUUUCGAGCACUAGAUAAUAGAACUGAGGAAUAUGAAAUGAAAACUAUUUUUCAUUCUAACGAUGUUUCUGGAUAUGAAAUAACAUCUUUGCGGAAAUACACGAAAUAUGAAUUUUUCCUUAUACCAUUUUAUAGAAGGUUUGAAGGCAAACCAUCAAAUUCUAGAGUCGCGCAAACUUUAGAUGACGUACCAGAUGGACCACCUACUAAGAUAGAGAUGUUUAUAUUGAACUCUACAACAGUUCAUUUAAAGUGGUUACCUCCAGAAAUUAAUGUGCAAAAUGGAGUUAUUAUAGGUUAUAAUGUAAUUGUUAAUUGGUUAGAUAUACCUGUAAAUAAAUCUAUGAUCGCUAUAAACACAACAGUUCAACAAGCAACUAGUCUUAUAAUGACAAAUUUAACAUCAGGAGUUAGUUAUUCUGUUCAAAUUGCAGCCGAAACAUUAGUCGGUUUAGGCCCUUUUAGUCAAAAGUUAUAUUUUAACACAGAUUCUCGAUUAAUCGGAUUAGAUCCAAUAUCAAGAUACCCCAUAAAUGGAGAAGUCUCUAUAGUUGCUGGAGAUUUUGUACUUGAGUCGUGGUUUUACUUUCUUAUUGGUGCUGUAAUACUAUUUAAAAUAAUUAUGAUUGGCGGUAUUAUUUAUGUCCGGAGGCACAACAUUUUUGCAAAAAAAUCUGCUCUACCAAAUAUAUAUGAUUCCAAUGGAACAAGUUUAGUUACUCAAAUGAAUAUAAAAACUGCAGUGUCGCUAUCUCAUCCAUUAAGUAGCUGCUAUAAUAAAAACACAGUAACAAAAACAGAAUCAUUAUUAUGGAUGGAAAAUCAGCCUGGGCUGUGUAUGUCCAGUAAUCAUUCAACUCAAAAUAAGGAUAAGACAAUUACAGAAUAUACCAAAGCAUCUCAUCCACUACCUGAAUAUGCUGAAGUAUCAUCUUCAAGAGUAAACGGAAAUGAGUGGAAUACUACUAAAACCGUGAAUAGUCCUGCAGCAUACGCUUCAGUAACGCUAGUUGCUAACACCCGGCAAUGUGUCAGCUCACUGGGUUGGUUCCCUCCAGGAAGUAAAAAUAUUGAUAACUCUUAUAUGCCAGAUGAAGAGUUAUAUCCUGCUAGCAAUGGUGGAUAUUACAACAGAAACGUGUACAGUGAGAAAUACUUUCAAGGUCAUCCAAAUGUAUUGAAAUUUCACGACUUGCCUGCAUUAGAAAAGACAUCGAAAGCUCAAAUGAGAUAUAACCAGAGCUUGGAAGAAAGAAAAGGUGACAGAAAUAUUAUAAAAACAGACGUGACCCAGUCAUUAAUAGGUGGAACGUGUGGUUCGAGAAACAACUCUGAAUCUGAGACAACUUAUAGGGCAUUUGGUGAAGAAGAAUCCGAUGAAGAAAAUUACGUUGAAGGUCUGGAAUACGAUGAAUUAAAUCAACGAAUACAAAGGACUAAACAUCAAUAUGAAAGGCCCAAUUUUGACAACGAUGGCACUAGAACACUAGCUCAGUUGACGUCAUUUAGACAUGGGCAGACAGUUUUGAGUGGCGCUUCACAACUGUCGUUAGUACCUACCCACCCACCUCCGGCACCUCACCCGCGUGUUGAUUCAGUGACACGGUAG